AUGUUCAUUGAUCUGAAUGUGCCAGCCCCUCAAUUCUCCUCGCAACCGCAACAAGGCCAGUCGCAGUCGAAGAAGGGGAAGGGGAAACAACCCGCAGUUCCAGCGACGGUGACCUUCGCGGCAGGGCAAAUAUCCGCCCUUGAGAACCGUAUUGAUCUACUGGUUCAUUUAGGAUACACCGUCUUGGCUUUGAACCAGACAAUACAGACGAAACUCGAUCCGAAGAGUCAUGUCAAUGUCCUGGAUCCGUUGCUCUCCCAGCUGAGGAAGCGGUCUGGCCUGGUGCUGCUCAAGCGACUCACAAUUGUGCUUGAUGAGGAGAGCGAGAAGGGCUUUGGGCUGACGACCCAGAACACGCCCCUCGUAACCUCCUACGACAUUCUCUCUCUCCUGCCGACAACUCAAGGCAGCCUCUCUCUCGCCUGUCUCACGCACACCCUCCCGUCGCCCCUUACCACGCACGUCAUCGCCCUUCCGCUCUCCCUCCCGCGCCUCCCAUUCCGUCUCAAGCACACGCUCAUUCGCACAGCGCUCAAGAACGGCGCAGUCUUCGAGCUAUCGUAUGGAGGUGCCCUCGGCGCGGAAGCGGAUGUUGGCAGCGGGCUGGGCGAGGGCGGGGCAGGCGCGAAGAGGAACUGGUGGGCCAACGCGCGCGAGGUGGUUAGGGUGACAAAGGGAAAGGGUGUGCUCGUCAGCGGGGGCGUUGUGAACGAUGCAGAUCUGCGCGGCGCGAGGGACGUUUCCAAUCUCAUGACUGUCGUGGGGUUGACCCCAGAUGCUGCCCACCAUGCGGCGACAAAGAUACCUCAGUCGCUCAUUUUGCGCGCACAGACGCGUCGGACGUAUCGUGCGGUCCUCUCCGAGCCUAAAAUUGUGAUCCCGAACGUCCCACCUACACAGUCAAGCACAAGCAUGGGCGAGCCCCAACCUGCGCAGGCGACCGACUCGACAGAAGUAGUGGCAGUCACCGGUACACUCCCUGCGAUCGCUCCGCCGGAGCAGAGCGCAGAAGCAGCCGCGAAGAACGAAAAUGGCAAGAGACCCCGCGACGAGGGCGCUCCUGCGACAAAAACCACUCCCACAGGAAACACCGAUGACGCCGGUGGGAGGAAGCGGAAAAAGAAGAAGAGUAAGAAUGCCGGGGCGUGA